CGUCCGUCACCGUGCACCGCAGCCAAACAUCGCGUUCGCGACUCCGCGAACUGAACGACGAGAGGAAAUAUUUUUCUUUAAAAUUGCAUCUUGUGUGUAAAUACAUGGUAGUGGCAGCCGCAGCAGAGUGAUUCAGAAAAGUCAUAGAAGCGAAAGGGAGUGGAAGAAAAGUGUCGAGUGCAGAAAAAAAAACCUGUGUGUGACAAAAUCUGGCAGCGGAAAAAUCGAAUUUUGCUUCUGCCUGAAAGCCUCGAUCUGUACGUCGACUGCGGUUAGCAACGCGGAUUCUCGGAAGCUAUUGUCGUCGCGUAAUCCUGGUGCGUUUUGUGAAAUUCGGACUUUCUCCGCGACUGGAAGAAGAACCUCGUUGGGAAAAGUGUUGGCGAUUUUGUGUGUGGGAUUUUUCUUCCUCUGCCUCUGCGCUGCUGUGACAUUUGGCUUUUUAAGGGAUUGGAUUCCGAGGGCUAUUCUCGCGAGGGAAAUCAGGAGCAGCACGGCGAUGGGUGAGCAUUCGUUGCAGCAGCAGCAGCAGCAGCAGGGUCAAGCGAGCGAUCAGCCGCAACCGGGCGAGGCAGCCACAGCCGGAACGUCAUCCGGUUCGCAGCAGCUCUUGCAGGGAGAGCUACGGGAAAUCCGGAUGUUGCUGUGGGGUUCUACUAUCCGGCAGGAGGUGUUCCAUCGGUGGUCCCAAGGGUUCGAGUUUAGCGAGUGUGAACCUUCGGCACUGGUCCAGCGCGAUGGAGGACCAUGUUGUGUAAUCGCACCGGUGCAGGCCUACCUGCUGAAGAUUCUGCUGAUGGAGACACCCGGACACAGUUUCAGCGAUCUGACGUCAGAUAAGUGUAAAACGCUGCUGAUUCAGGCCAUCUGUCAGAUUCUGAUGAAAUGCAAGUCCUCCAAGUAUAGGAUUGUUGGAUUGCAAGCGCGGCAGGCCACCGGAAGCGGUCCCGGGUGCUCCUCCGGAGGCGGUCCCGUUGAAGAAUUGGACGGCGAUGCAGAGAUGGUUGACGCACUGGAGAACCUCCCACCGAAUGAGGAAGUGGAACUCGGAAUGGAUGCUGCCACGGCAGUCGCUUCGGAUUUAGUUAAUCAAAAUAUGAUGGCGGAAGCGGCAAGCGGUGCAAAGGAAACAGCGGGUGCCGCAGCUGAUGCAUCGUGGAGUCCGGAAAUGUUCCACGAGAGGCUGUGCGUCACCGAGUUGGAACAGGUCGAUGACGUCGAGAAGUAUUACGCUGGUAAUUUCCACGUGCUGGCCGAGGAGUGUGGCGUACUGUUGCUGCUGUACACGGUUCUGCUGACGAAGGGUCUGGAGAACGUGAAUGGCGAGGUUUCGGACACGUCAGAGCCACUGAUACAUGGCACCUACGGCUACGGUAGUCAAGCGUUGAUCAAUCUCAUGCUAACCGGAUAUGCCGUUCCCUACGUCUGGGAUAACGAACAGGACGUCGGUGGCUUAAAGCUGAAGGGCAUUACGCAACAGUCCGACAUCGGUUUCAUCACGCUGAUGGAGCAGUUGCAGUACUGCACGGUUGGGUUCUUCUACAAGAACCCGAAGAAUCCGGUCUGGGUGAUGGGCUCGGAGACUCAUCUUACCGUGCUGUUCAGCAACGAACGGCGGUUAGUCUCACCGGAAACGCCCUCGGAGGUGGCCCGGCGGGUCUUCCGGCAGUUUGAUACCGAGGGCAGCAACUUCAUACCGGGCCCACUGCUGCAGGACGUGCUGUGUGCGCUGGACCUGGUCAGCGAACCGGAAUACGUGGACCUGAUGCGCAAGAAACUGGACCCGGAAAGCCUCGGCAUCAUCCUGCUGAACGAUUUCAUGAACGAGUUCUUCCCGACGGAGAAGAAAUCCGUACCGGACACGUUCGACCUGCUCCACUACAACGGCAUACCGAACUCGAACUGCGAAAACCGGGUGCGGUACAACAAGGGCCACGCCAUCCAGCUGGAGAGCGACGUGCGGAUGUGCAACCCGUCGGAUCCGAUGCUGACCUGCCUGCAGACCAAGUGGCCCAACAUCGAGGUCAACUGGAACGACUCGCGGACACCGUCGCUGAAUUGACCAGAAAGUGCGUUGUUUUUGUUGUUUGCAUAAUUAAUAGUCGACACCGACUCACACACAGACACACGGGAAGAUAUACAUAGGAAAAUGACCCGAUGAAAUCCAGCUGAGCAGACCCCCAUUUUACCGAGUAACCUAAACGCCUAAGUAGCUUCGGAGUUUCCCUUGUCCCCCGAAACGACACGGUUACAAGUUGAUUGUACAAGACACAAUAGAAAGCGCCAUCUCUCGACCAGAAGAGCAAACUGAAUCUGUUUUAAAUGCAUAUACAUAUUUAUUCUCACACAUACACACGUACGCAGUUGAAGCAACCAAUCACACAAACUAAUCUACAGAAAGGACAAACGAAAGAAUAAUAAAAUUAACUACAAUAUAAACAAACCACAAAGUAGCUAACUAACGAAAUAAGUAGAUCAACAGGUUAGCAACGAGUUAGCAUAUAGACAGAGUUCUCUUACAUCUACCAUAACCUCCCUUUAACUCAGAAUCAAACCCUACCUUAACUACAACUACAACCAAACCAAAACAAAAUCAGUCGAAACCAAUCAGUUUAAUCGGGCGCACCGCAAACGACAACCAAAAGAAGAAGAAGAAGACGAAGAAGAUAAAGAGCGAUACAAUCUACCCCUCCCAUCCCAAUGCGACAAGUGACCUGCGAAAGAACGUGAAUGCAAGAGCUAAACCGAGAGAGAGAGAGAGGAGAUACAGACAGACAGAGGGCAAUUCGGAGGAAUGAUUCGUGGGUUUUCCUUCUUUCCCGCGCGAGAGAUAUUAAAAAAAAAAUGAAUUCCAACCCCACACAAACUCUAAUGUAGAUUUGAACGAAAUAAUUGAAAACUGCGUAGGAUGUAAAAGAAGAAGAAGAA